AUGGCACUAUUUAAACGUCUUGAUCCAUUAAAUCCAGAGUCUUUCAAACAUAAAUUCUCAUUUGUAAAUGGAAUUACAUACCAUUAUGUUGAUGAAGGAGAAGAAAUUUUAAAGAAGGAAGUAAUAUUUCUAUGUCAUGGGUUUCCUGAUUUAUGGUAUGGCUGGAGGUAUCAAAUACCUUUUUUGGUGUCUAAAGGAUACAGAGUUAUUGUUCCUGAUCUUCGUGGAUGUGGACAAACUGAAGCACCUCAUUGCCCACCAAAUGAUCUACACCAAUAUGGAUUUAAAAAUAUUUGCAAAGAUAUGACUGAAUUGAUGAAUCAAUUGAAUAUUCCAAAGGCUAUAUUUUUGGGUCAUGAUUGGGGAGGAUUUUUAGCAUGGAGGAUGUGCAUACAUUAUCCUGACAGAGUUAGAGCUGUUAUAAGUAUCUGUACACCAUACACACCACCACGGGAGAAUUAUAUAAAAAUUGAAUCUAUAGCAGAAUUGUUACCAAAUCUUUCAUACCAAACAGAAUUAUUUCUUAAAAGUAUUUUCCGUUCUUCCAAACAUGAGCAUCAUGUAGUUCUUUUUGAUGGAAAUUCUAUGUUGGGCGAUGCAGUACAUGAUGUGCCAAGAAGUUCAAUAAUUAGUCAAAAGGAAUUGGAUUAUUAUGUGAGACAAUAUAAAUCAAAUGGAUUUCAUGGUGGCCUGAAUUAUUAUAAAACAAGAAAAGUCAACUUUCAAGAUGAGAAAGGCACAAGAAAACAAAUUAAUCAUCCAUCAUUAAUGAUUACUGUUGGUAAAGAUUUAGCUUUGCCACCAAGUAUGGCUAAAGGAAUGAAUAAAUUUUGUAUUAAUUUAACAGUAAAGGUAUUGAUUAUAAAACAAUCUUUUGGGUGUGUUAUAGCACAUCGAAGAAUCCGGGCAUUGGAAAGUAUUUUUGCUUGUGCCCCGGCUACUGUUCGAGGACAGGCAGUUCAACUUGGUUCUGAUCCAAAAGGCGAAAACUUUCUUUACGCCAAUGGAAAUUCUAUUAUUAUUAGGAAUUUAGCUAAUCCUGCUAUUUCUAAUGAAUAUGUACAACAUUCUGCAGCAACUACCGUUGCUCGUUAUUCACCUAGUGGUUAUUAUAUAGCAUCUGGUGAUAUUCAUGGAAAUGUUAGAAUAUGGGAUGCAACUCAACCUGAACAAAUUUUAAAAAAUGAAGUAAAAGUAAUUGCAGGAAAAAUUAAUGAUCUAUCUUGGGAUUCUGAAAGCAAAAGAAUUAUUGCUGUUGGUGAUGGUAAAGAAAAAUAUGGACGUGCGUUUUUGUUUGACACUGGAUCUUCUACUGGAGAAGUAGGCGGACAUUCAAAGGUGGUUAAUACUGUUAGUAUUCGUCAACAAAGACCUUUCCGUGCUGCUACAGGGUCUGAUGAUUACACUGUAGUAUUUUAUCAUGGUGCACCAUACAAAUACAACAUGACGAUUAAAGAUCAUACUUCCUUUGUUCAAGGAGUAAAGUUUUCUCCUAAUGGUGACACACUUGUAACAGUUGGAUCCAAUAAAAUAUUUUUAUAUAAUGGAACAACUGGAGAAAAAUUGAUUGAUCUUUCAGAGAAGGCAGGAGAAUCUGAUUCUCACAAAGGCAGUAUUUAUGCUGUCUCGUGGUCACCUGAUAGCAAACAAUUGUUGACAUCAUCGGUAGAUCGUACUGUUAAACUUUGGGAUGUCGAAGGACAAAAGGUUAUUCAAACUUUUAAAUUUUCCGACUCAAUUGAUGACCAGCAAGUUGGUAAUUUAUGGCAAGGAGAAUAUAUUCUUAGCCUUUCAUUAUCAGGUGAUAUUAAUUAUUUAGAUUUAAAGUCGCCAUCACCUGUAAAAGUAGUUAAGGGACAUCAAAAAGCAAUUACUGCACUUACACGUGACAAAGAUGGAACAUUAUUUACUGGAAGUUAUGAUGAGGAAGGAAGUAGUAAAUCAAUUAAUGGUCAAGGACAUACAAAUCAAAUUGUUCAAAUAAUUUCUCAAGGAAAUAAAAUAGUUUCAGUUGGAAUGGAUGAUAAGGUUAAAUUUAUUGAUAAUUCUACAAAAACUUUCAAAGAUUCAUCAGUACCAACUGGAGCUCUCACCAAAGGAAUUACAAGUGUAAACGAUGAUGAUGACAAGAUCAUUAUUGCCACUUUAUCUGAUAUACAAAUUAUUCAAAAUGAUCAAAGUAUAUUUAGUCAUCCUUUAUCUACUUCUUCGCCUGGAGCUAUUGCUUUCAAUAAACAUAAUAAUGAAUUAGCUGUUGGUUGUGAAGAUGCAAAAGUUUAUAUUUAUAAAUUGAAUGAUGAUGGUAAUAAACUCGAAGAACGAAAUGAAAAAUUGAGCAAUGCCAAUCGAAGUCCUAUUACAGCAAUUGCUUACUCGCCUGAUGGAACGCUUAUAGCCGUAGGCAAUUCUCAAGGAAAAAUAAUUGUUUAUGACAAUGAAACCAAAAAAGUCAAAAUAGAUCAAUGGAUAUUACAUACUGCUAGAGUUAAUGCGAUUGCCUGGUCACCGGAUGGACUUCAUGCGGCUAGUUGUUCCUUGGAUACAAGCAUUUGCGUUUGGAGUGUAGAAAAUCCAUCAAAACGAAUAUUGAUCCCAAGGACUCACCAAGAUAAUGUUACCGGUUUAACAUUCUUAGAUGAUGACAACAAUACAUUAUAUUCUGUUGGCCAAGAUGCAUGUUUAAAAGCUUGGUCAAUCAAAUAUCAUUAA